GAAUUGAUAUUUAUUUUUGGGGUUUCAUCAUCAAUAAAUAAAAAGGAGCAAAGAACAAGAAGAAGAAGAAAGAAUAACCAGUAGACACAUAAAACCAUAAACCGACACACGAAGAAAGGAUAAUAAGAGAGGGUCCUCCGUCCUUGUUAUUCACAGAUUCCUAGGGAGAGAGAAGAAGAAGAGGAAAUGGUUCUUCUGUAGGUUGGAAGUAAUUUUUGAGGAAGAGAUAAUUUGAUCGAUUGAUUGAUUGAAAGGAGGAGGAGGAGAAAGUACGAUGGGGUUGAUUACAGGGAUGAUAAUGGGAAUGUUAGUUGGGAUCGGUUUGAUGGUUGGUUGGUCUUAUAUGAUGCGGAAGAGAAGUGUUAGCCGUAUUGCUAAGGCAGUUGAUAUAAAACUUCUUGGAUCUCUUACUAGAGAUGAUUUAAAGAAGAUAUGUGGUGACAAUUAUCCUGAAUGGAUAUCUUUCCCUGUGUAUGAUCAGGUGAAAUGGCUGAACAAGGAGCUAACCAAAAUGUGGCCAUAUAUAGCAGAUGCAGCGACAAUGCUCAUAAGAGAAUCUGUUGAACCAUUACUUGAAGAAUAUCGUCCCCCAGGAAUCACUUCAAUGAAAUUUAGUAAAUUGUCCCUUGGAUCUGUGGCACCUAAAAUUGAAGGGAUUCGUGUUCAGAGCCUUAAGAAAGGUCAAAUAACGAUGGAUAUCGAUUUUCGUUAUGGGGGUGAUUCAAGCAUCAUUCUUGCUGUAGAAGCAGCAAUGAUCGCUUCAAUACCCAUUCAGCUGAAGGAUCUCCAGAUUUUCACAGUUAUUCGUGUUAUUUUCCAACUCUCUGAAGAGAUACCCUGUAUUUCUGCUGUUGUUGUGGCAUUACUUUCAGAGCCAAAACCUAGGAUUGAUUAUACAUUGAAGGCUGUUGGAGGAAGCUUAACAGCACUUCCUGGACUUUCAGACAUGAUCGAUGAUACUGUUAAUACGAUUGUCACAGACAUGCUCCAGUGGCCCCAUAGGAUUGUCGUUCCAAUUGGUGGUCCUAUGGAUACAAGUGAUUUGGAGCUUAAACCACACGGAAAGGUCUUGCUAACUGUAGUUAAAGCAAAUAACCUGAAGAAUAUGGAAAUGAUUGGUAAAUCUGAUCCUUAUGCUGUUGUUCACAUUCGGCCUCUAUUCAAGGUUAAGACAAAGACCAUCGACAACAAUCUCAAUCCUGUGUGGGAUCAGAGCUUUGAGCUGAUUGCUGAAGAUAAGGAGACACAAUCAAUUAUCAUUGAGGUUUUUGAUAAGGAUGUUGGACAAGACACACGAUUGGGCAUAGCAAAACUACCGUUGAUUGAUUUGGAAUCUGGGAGUUCAAAAGAGAUUGAACUGAGACUGCUACCAGCACUUGAUAUGAUGAGAAUUAAAGACAAGAAGGAUAGAGGAACAAUAACACUCAAGGUCGAGUACCAGGAAUUCACCCCGGAAGAGCAGAUAGCAGCCAUGGAGGAAGAAAAGAGGAUCCUAGAAGAGAGGAAAAAACUGAAAGAAGCCGGUGUCAUCGGAAGCACCAUGGAUGCAGUUGGUUCAGGAGUUGGGCUGGUAGGUAGCGGUAUUGGAGCUGGAGUUGGUCUUGUUGGCACAGGGAUUGGAGCUGGAGUUGGUCUUGUUGGCUCAGGGAUUGGUGCUGGAGCGGGAGUUGUAGGGAGUGGAUUUGGUGCUGUUGGGAGCAGCCUCAGCAAAGCCGGGAAGUUCAUGGGCAGGACCAUUACAGGGAAUUCGAGUGCUUCUAAGAGGAGCGGAUCUAGCACACCUACAGCUGAAAAUGGAAAUGCAAAACAAGCGUGAUAACCGUGUAUAUAACUAGACCUUUUAGUGCGACUUAUUUAGUUUUUUACUUUGAAUGGUUACACAGAGGUGUGUGUUACAGAUUUCUAUUUUCGGUACAUAUAAUUAAAACCUUGGUUUAGUCUGGAAAGCCAGAGAUAUUUCUGAAGGUCUGCUUCAAUGUCUAUUGUAAAGGUUUUCUUCGGCUCCA